AUGGCUGCCAAAGAUGAGCAGCACUCACCGCUGCACAUCCUCUUCUUCCCAUUCCUAGCCCACGGCCACCUCAUUCCGAUCGCCGACAUGGCCGCGCUCUUCGCCUCGCGCGGCGUCAGGUGCACCAUCCUCACCACGCCCGUCAACGCCGCCAUCAUCCGCUCGGCCGUCGAUCGUGCCAACGACGCUUCCCUUGGCACCGACUGCCCAGCGAUCGAUAUCUCCGUGGUGCCUUUCCCUGACGUCGGGUUACCGCCGGGUGUCGAGAACGGCACGGCCCUUACAUCCCCCGGCGACCGUCUCAAGUUCUUUCAAGCGGCGGAGCAGCUCCGGGAGCCCUUCGAUCGGUUCUUGGCCGACCACCACCCCGACGCGGUGGUGUCGGACAGUUUCUUCCACUGGUCCGCGGAUUCUGCCGCGGAACACGGCGUCCCGCGCCUGGGAUUCCUCGGCAGCAGCUUGUUCGCGGGGUCCUGCAGCGACAGCAUGCUGCGCAACAACCCGCUGGAGACCGCCCCCGACGACCCCGACGCCAUGGUUUCCCUGCCGGGGCUGCCGCACCGCGUCCAGCUGAGGCGGAGCCAAAUGGUGGACCCCGUGAAGCGGCCGGACCUCUGGGAAUUGCACCAGCGCGUUAACGCGGCGGACCAGAAGAGCUUCGGCGAGGUGCUCAAUAGCUUCCACGAGCUGGAGCCAGACUACGUCGAGCAUUACCAGACGACGCUCGGUCGCCGCGCGUGGCUCGUCGGCCCGGUCGCGCUCGCCAACAUGGACAUGGCUGGAAGAGGCGCAAGCGCGCUCUCGCCGGACGCGGACAGCUGCAUGCGGUGGCUCGACGCCAAGCAGCCUGGCUCGGUGGUGUACGUCUCCUUCGGCACGCUAAUCAGUUUCUCGCCGGCGGAGCUCCGCGAGCUCGCUCGCGGCCUCGACCUCUCGGGCAAGAAUUUUGUGUGGGUGGUCGGCCGCGCAGGCCCGGACUCUUCAGAGUGGAUGCCGGAAGGUUUCGCCGACCUGAUUGCACGCGGCGAUCGCGGCUUCAUCGUCCGAGGCUGGGCGCCGCAGAUGCUGAUCCUGAACCACCCAGCCCUCGGCGGGUUCAUCACGCACUGCGGCUGGAACUCGACCCUCGAGUCGGUGAGCGCGGGUGUCCCGAUGGUCACCUGGCCACGGUUCGCGGAUCAGUUCAACAACGAGAAGCUCAUCGUGGAGGUGCUCAAGGUGGGUGUCAGCAUCGGCACUAAGGACUUCGGAUCAGGUAUUGAGACACACGAGGUGAUCAGGGGUGAGGUAAUCGCUGAAUCGAUCCAGAGAUUGAUUGGCAAUGGUGAGGAAAGCAACGCGAUACAAAAGAAGGCUAAAGAUCUCAGUGUGGAGGCGAGGCGUGCGGUAGAAAACGGUGGAUCUUCCUACAAUGAUGUUGGAAGGCUGAUGGACGAGUUGAUGGCCCGACGGAGCCGUGUCAAGGUUGGAGAAGACAAGCCGACAAAUUAUGGAAUUUGAUCCACGCCAGAUUUUGUCUGCUUUUGCAACAUUAGUUCUCGCUUCUGGGUGCUAAUUUCCCCAUCAAAUUCCCUAUGACCAUACUGUCACAAUAUUAUCCCACUAGUAGAAAAUGGACAUUUAGUUCCGGUUGGUAAGGAGUUUUAGUUUCGAUUUUGCUAAAGACAUCCACUUGUAUUU